CCCACACACUACCUCAACUCACUCGACUUAACACUUCACACUGAACACUUAACAGAUAACUCACACUCUGACUUCCUACGUGAUGAAAAAUGCUUUUGGGCCACUCGUCGUCUAGUUUUUUGUUCGGAUUAAGUUGGGAUGAUUUUGGGUACCCGCAUUGAUGUGACCCAUUUGCAACGGGGAUAACCGCGAUGACAUUUCUGCGAGUCGAAGCAGUUGAUCAUCCACAGCUCCUGGCUCAGAGUUUUUGCGGCAGCGUCAUCGCUUCUCGCACCUCAGCAUGGGCAUCGGGCCUUCCUCGGAAGUGAGGGGAAACACAGUCCAACUGGUGUGGGUGCCAGCUUCGAUGGCCACAUGUUGUGGCGGCCUGAAGAAAUUGGAUGGAGACGUUCCAGAGUGGCUCAAGGAUAACUAUGAGCAGAUCUUGGAGAUGGGCAAACCCUAUGAAUCGUGUGUCUGGUGCCAACAGGAUUGCUGUGGGGAACCUUUGUGUGAAAGUCCAUGGGAGAAUGCGCUUGAGAAUGUGCCCUUGACAGAGAUGAGAUCUCAAUUCCCACAGUACCGCUUCAAUUUCAAGCCUGAGUGGUGUGGCAUGGGCAAGGGUGCGCAUUGGCAGCAUGUCUUGCAGAUCUCCAAUGCUCCUGGAGCAGUGACUGGCCAAGUGGUAGGUGUGCCAGGGCAAGCAAGCAUGCCCUAGAGUCCUAGAGCCAUGUGGUGGUUUCCAUACAUGGAGGUACC